AUGACUACGUAUUUCCCAACAAAGAUCACAUCUGCAAAGGACAUGCUUGUAAAUCACACCUGUCUUCGUGUAAAGGAUGCUGCUAGAUCGGUUAAGUUUUACGAAGAGACUUUUGGUAUGAAAAUGUACUUGAAGAAGGAUUUCCCAGAAGCUAAAUUCUCCUUGUACUUUUUAUCAUUCCCUAAGGAAUAUGCUAAGACUUCUAAGGGUGAUCCAGAUGUUUUUGGUAGUAGCGGUAUCUUAGAAUUAACACAUAACUGGGGUACUGAAAAUGAUGCUGACUACAAAAUCAAUAACGGUAACACUGAACCUCAUCGUGGAUUUGGACAUAUCUGUGUUUCCGUAGCAGAUGUUAAAAAGUAUUGUGAACAACUAGAGGCUAAGAAUGUUGCUUUCAAGAAAAGAUUAACAGAUGGUACGAUGAAAGAGAUUGCUUUUGUCUUGGACCCUGAUAAUUAUUGGAUUGAAGUGAUUCAGUAUAUUAAGAAGGAAUCAGAAUCACCAAAAGCUGAUAUUGGACCAAUCUUAAACCAUACCAUGUAUCGUAUUAAGGAUCCAAAACCAACUUUGGAAUUUUAUCAAAAUGUCCUAGGUAUGAAACUGUUAAUAGCAGACGAUCAUCCAAAUGGUAAGUUUACCAACUAUUUCUUAGCUUACGGUAUUGAAAACAAUAGCUCUCGUAGGUCUGGUGAAGGUGUUGUAGAAUUAUGUCAUAAUUGGGGUACUGAAGAUGAUAAGGAUUUCAAAUAUCACACUGGUAAUACACAGCCACAAGGCUAUGGGCACAUUUGUGUAAGUACCCCUAAUCCAGAAGCUCUAUGUAAAGAGAUUGAGUCUGUUUAUGGGGAUAAAAUUCAAUGGGCUCCAAAAUGGAAUCAAGGAAAGAUGAAACAAAUUGCUUUUAUCAAAGACCCUGAUGGAUACUCAGUUGAAAUUAUUAAGCGUGGAUUUGCUUUAUAA